CGCGCAGCAACACCACCCCACCACCAUCGUUGCUGGAGCUCUGUUGGCAGCAUUUAUCGCGACGCGACAACUACUGCAGGCUUUGACCAGGGGACAAAGAAUCUCUCCCACAUUCCAUUCACAACCUAGCCUUUACACGUCUGUUCGGAAUGGCGGACGUUGAGCAACCGAGCGAGCCGCAAGGCCGCAUCGUCACAUACUGCGGAGUUUGCACUCUGCCCCCAGAGUACUGCGAGUAUGGCGGCACAGUUAGGAAGUGCCAGGAAUGGUUGCAGACAACACACAGUGACCUCUACGCCCAAAUAUGGUCUGCCGGUACGAUCCUCCUUCUCCCCAAGCCUGCCCGACGGUUCCCAACCUCCCUCCUUCCCAAAUACAAGAGCUUCCGGCAAUCUUGGACAGAUAAAACGAACCACAGUCCCUCGGCUAACCCGGAUCUUGCUUCUCUCUCCUUGCGACAAACAGAAGCAUUAGAAGCAGCCACCGCCUCUCUCUCCGUCGAGGCGCAGAAGCGCGCCGCAAAGGACGCCCAGAAGAAGACGGCACAGGCGGAAAAGGCCGAGCAGAAGCACGCCGACAAGGUCGCCAACAGCGUCGUCACCAUCAAGCGCAUCGAGCGCAACAAGCGCAAGUACGUCACCGCCGUGUCCGGGCUCGAGGCGUUCAACCUCGACUUGAAAAAGGUCGCAAAGGAGUUUGGCAAGAAGUUCGCGACCGGCUCGUCACUUACGAGAGCGCCUGGUGGCGGCGAGGAGAUUGUGGUCCAGGGUGACGUGAGCCCCGAGAUUGAGGAGUUCCUGCUCGAAAAGUACAAGGAGAUACCCGAGGACAACAUCGAGCUGGUCGACGACAAGAAGUUAAAGAAGAAGGCGGCGGCUGCGGCUGCCUCGGCGGGCACGAGUGCUUAGUGGUUCCAACAUGUACAAACCCCCUUCAUGACUGCGAAUAAUGAAUCAGAUGCAUGGCGAAGAAAAGGCAAAAAAGGCAAAACGGAACUUGGGCAUUUAUUGCCUGUCCAAAAGUUUGAUACGUAUUUUCCU